AUGAUGACCCAAAUAGAGACGACGGUGCAUUAUGAUAAUGGUUUCGGAGAUGAGGAGGACUACAUGAUACAGGAGGAUGAGUGGGACAGGGACAUGUUGCUGGACCCUGCCUGGGAAAAACAGCAAAGAAAGGUAAGUCGAGAGAAGAUGACGACAUGCACAUAACCAAUUCAACAAAUUAACUUUACGCACUGCAGUACUCCACGCACCGGAUUUGGAGACAGUACACUCUUUUUUUUUUUCCAUUUCCAAUUUUUUAAAUUAAUUAAAUAUUGAGUUAUUCACGUUGAGCUCAGACUUCUAAGCGCUCUCUGGUUCCUGGUAUUAGGUUCAGCCGGAGCCAGGGAUCUGUCUUGGAUCCAGUUGACGGGAAUAUUGACCGACAGAUGCGAUGGGUACCAGCUAACAAUAGCUCAAUGAGCAGCACUCGAAACUGUUGCCAUUCCACUGAUACGCGAGGAAUGUGAACUGUCAACAGAUGCUUCUUAACACAUUAUGAUGUGCUUGGGAUUAGAAUGAAUGCAAUAUCUAAUUUUAACCUCGAGACCAAAAGGCAUUAUAGUGGGUUAAUCCAGUGUCCUUGGUGUGGAAUCUUUUUGUUUAUAGAGACCACAAAUACUGUACCAAUCAUCUGAAUAUAGGCCCCCAACUCAGGAGCCUAUCUGUCAACUGGUCUAAAACAGAAUGAGGUUACAGUAUGUCUUCCUUCAGAAAUGCUCAAACUUUAUUGUCAUGGAAGAGGAUGAAAUGUGUCUCAACUAUCUUGGUUUAACAAGGCAAAACAAAUAUUUAUUUUGUGGGUAUUUUAGGUACAUGCUAAUUAAGACGUAUAGGCCUACCGAGGGCCUUCUGCAUGGUAUAUGCAUGGCAUAGGUGGAUAGCAGUGUUGACCACGUGGGAUUUGUUUUCAGUUUUCAGUACCUUCUCUGACAUCUUAAGUAAGGCUCUAUAUUAGCUUUCCCUCCACUUUAAUCCUAUUACCCAGUAAGAGCCACCGGGGAAGACAUUGCUGCCCUCAAAUGAGACCUGCUGGCAACCUGAACUGUCCUUACCUUUGUAAACUAACAUGUCAAUUAGGCUACCAUGUUCUAGCACAGGCUAGGUGUGCCACCUGACUCUACCAGGUGCCACCUGAUUCAGCCGGGUUUGGUGAACAGAGGCAAAUUAGACAUGAUUCUUGGAACCAAGAGUGAAAAUAAUGAAUAAACAGCCUUCAACCAGUUAAUGUGUUUGAACAACUCCUUCAAUGACAGGGUUGGUCCCUAUUGGACAUGAUUCAUGAAUAUAUUUAGCUCUGAUCAUUAGGGCUGUUGGAGGGAGGAAGGGGUUUGGCGGGGUAGGAUCUGGAGGACCAGCCAUGUUUAAUGAGGGGGCAGCAGUUCAAUGUCACAUACACUUUGGUCUGUUUUGUCAUGCUGCGUCUUUUGUUCCAAAGCCUCUAUUAUUCCUAAUUUAGACAGGCAUUCCACCGGGCAGCCUCUCCAGGAGGGUGGCGUUAACCCACAGCCCUCUGGGGGACCAAGCUGUGUACUAUAAGAACUUAAGGUUCUUAAGGGCCAGAAGAUCACUCCCCUAGUCAUGCUGUGUGGACUGGAAUGGCUUGAAAACACAACAUGUCACUGAAGCAUAUAAAACAUUCCCUGUGUUUACGCACAGUACAGUCAACACUGUGUAGAUGAAAGCUGGUGGCAAAUUGACAGAUCACAUUCCUGGUUAAUGUAAGGAGUCUAAUUGAGGCUGAUCCAGUAAGGCAUUUUGAGAAGGGAUGUUCAAUGUAUCCCAUUCAAUAUACUGUAGAUCACUCCCAGUUUGUGACACAUCCAAGAAUUGACACAUUUGGGUUUUUCAAUUAAGGCCCAUAGCCCCCACCCGUUUUAGCCUUUGCCCUUUCGGUAUUCACAUACCGUAUCUGGAACGACUGGAUAGAUAGUGAAAGCAAUAUGGCGAUAGCUCCACUUAUCAUUUUUGAUUAUCAGACACUUGUUAACAUUUUGGUAAAAGUGUGGCUUUUUUCUUUUCAAAGAGAAACACGUGAGAGAAGAAUACACUGUAUGCAUGUGACAUUUUCCUCUAAUCUUGAUAUUCAGUUAAAAUGUUUUCUUUGUGUCUUUUAUCACUAGGGCCACCAGAGCAGGCUAAAUUUAACUCCUUAUAUCAUCAGGAAUGUGAGCUGGGGUCUUCUCAAAGCCUUCAUCUAUACAGUGUUGAUCGCCUGUGGGCUCUGUUUGCUAUUGUGAGAUAGAGUGACUUAAUAUAAACAUAGCAGAAGAGAGUUGUAAUAUUGAAGUCAUGCAUAAGGAUACAGUAGAAAGCAUAAACAUUAUCGGAGCACAAAUUAUUUUAUCCUUUACAAUAGGCAGUAGGUUGGAUGGAGGGAAGGUGUAAUUUGAAACCAAGGGGUUUGCUGACCCUCAACAAGUAGGUUAAUCUCAAUAUGUGGCACUUGCCAUAGGGACCACAGUCAUCACAAUUUAUGGCCUCUGGCUAAGUCAUGCUAAGCUGUUAUCUUAUAGUAUGUUACUACCAGGCUAUACACUUACAGUAGCUACCUUCAUAAAGUAUAGAUGGCAAACUUUCAACUGGGAAGGGUAUAUGAGCCUUCCAAUUGGAAAAGUUAAUGUAAAAUAAACUGUAAAGUUUUAAAACAUUGUGGAACAUUCUACCCUUGAUGAAUAAGACCCUUGAUGGAAAACUCACUCAAGGUUAUCUGAUUAGCUCACAGAAAGUCUCUACAAUCAAUGCUCAACCUCAUCCUAAUUUGAGGUCACCGCAUCAAAGUUAUGUGACAUUUACAUUGUACUAUUUGUAUUUUCCUCACCAAAACAUCAUUUUAUUUUGUAGACCUUCACAGCUUGGUGUAACUCCCACCUGAGGAAAGCAGAAACACAGAUUGAGAACAUUGAGGACGACUUCAGGAAUGGCCUCAAACUCAUGCUUCUCUUGGAAGUAAUUUCAGGUAUUGUUUGUUGAAUAUAUAGUUGAUAGUUGAAUACAUUGAUUGGUAGUCACAGAGAGUUUAAUGCUGUUUGCUCCUUCCCUCAGGUGAGAGGUUACCCAAGCCUGACAGAGGGAAGAUGCGUUUUCACAAAAUUGCCAAUGUCAACAAAGCCCUAGACUUCAUCACCAGCAAAGGAGUGAAACUUGUCUCUAUUGGAGCUGAAGGUGAUCUUUUAUUCGGCCCGUACUUCCCCUGUUGGCAGCUCAGUAUCUCUUGAUUAAUUUGAUUAAUCCAUUAUCUAAUUCACUGAAGCAGUUCUUACUCUAAUUAUGUGUUGGAUCUGAUGGUAGUGGGAUGUUUUCUCCUCAGAAAUUGUGGAUGGUAACGUUAAGAUGACUCUGGGAAUGAUAUGGACCAUCAUCCUCCGCUUUGCUAUCCAGGACAUCUCUGUAGAAGGUAAUAUACAGUGCCUUGCAAAAUUAUUCAUCCCCCUUGGCAUUUUUCCUAUUUUUUUUGCAUUACAACCUGUAAUUAAAAUGGAUUUUUAUUUGGAUUUCAUGUAAUGGACAUACACAAAAUAGUCCAAAUUGGUGAAGUGAAAUGAAAAAAAGUACUUGUUUCAAAAAAUUCUAAAACAUAAAUAACGGAAAAGUGGUGCGUGCAUAUGUAUUCACCCCCUUUGCUAUGAAACCCCUAAAUAAGAUCUGGUGCAACCAAUUACCUUCAGAAGUCACAUAAUUAGUUAAAUAAAGUCCACCUGUGUGCAAUCUAAGUGUCACAUGAUCUGUCACAUGAUCUCAGUAUAUAUACACCUGUUCUGAAAGGCCCCAGAGUCUGCAACACCAAUCAAGGAGCACCACCAAGCAAGCGGCACCAUGAAGACCAAGGAGCUCUCCAAACAGGUCAGGGACAAAAUUGUGGAGAAGUACAGAUCAGGGUUGGGUUAUAAAAAAAUAUCAGAAACUUUGAACAUCCCACGGAGCACCAUUCAAUCCAUUAUAAAAAAAAUGGAAAGGAUAUGGCACCACAACAAACCUGCCAAGAGAGGGCCGCCCACCAAAACUCACGGACCAGGCAAGCAGGGCAUUAAUCAGAGAGGCAACAAAGAGACCAAAGAUAACCCUGAAGGAGCUGCAAAGCUCCACAGCGGAGAAUGGACUAUCUGUCCAUAGGACGACUUUAAGCCGUACACUCCACAGAGCUGGGCUUUAUGGAAGAGUGGCCAGAAAAAAGCCAUUGCUUAAAGAAAAAAAUAAGCAAACAUGUUUGGUUUUCGCCAAAAGGCAUGUGGGAGACUCCCCAAACAUAUGGAAGAAGGUACUCUGGUCAGUUGAGACUAUAAUUGAGCUUUUUGGCCAUCAAGGAAAAUGCUAUGUCUGGUGCAAACCCAACACCUCUCAUCACCCCGAGAACACCAUCCCCACAGUGAAGCAUGGUGGUGGCAGCGUCAUGCUGUGGGGAUGUUUCUCAUCGGCAGGGACUGGGAAACUGGCCAGAAUUGAAGGAAUGAUGGAUGGCGCUAAAUACAGGGAAAUUCUUGAGGGAAACCUGUUUCAGUCUUCCAGAGAUUUGAGACUGGUACGGAGGUUCACCUUCCAGCAGGACAAUGACCCUAAUCAUACUGCUAAAGCAACACUCGAGUGGUUUAAGGGGAAACAUUUAAAUGUCUUGGAAUGGCCUAGUCAAAGCCCAGACCUCAAUGCAAUUGAGAAUCUGUGGUAUGACUUAAAGAUUGCUGUACACCAGCGGAAGCCAUCCAACUUGAAGGAGCUGGAGCAGAUCACCACCUCAAGCUGAACCUCGGCAAAACGGAGCUGCUCUUCCUCCCGGGGAAGGACUGCCCGUUCCAUGAUCUCGCCAUCACGGUUGACAACUCCGUUGUGUCCUCCUCCCAGAGUGCAAAGAGCCUUGGCGUGACCCUGGACAACACCCUGUCGUUCUCCGCUAACAUCAAGGCGGUGACCCGAUCAUGUAGGUUCAUGCUCUACAACAUUCGCAGAGUACGACCCUUCGCAGAGUACGACCCUUACACAGGAAGCGGCACAGGUCCUAAUCCAGGCACUUGUCAUCUCCCGUCUGGAUUACUGCAACUCGCUGUUGGCUGGGCUCCCUGCCUGUGCCAUUAAACCCCUACAACUCAUCCAGAACCCCGCAGCCCGUCUGGUGUUCAACCUUCCCAAGUUCUCUCACGUCACCCCGCACCUCCGCACACUCCACUGGCUUCCAGUUGAAGCUCGCAUCUGCUACAAGACCAUGGUGCUUGCCUACGGAGCUGUGAGGGGAACGGCACCUCCGUACCUUCAGGCUCUGAUCAGUCCCUACACCCAAACGAGGGCAUUGCGUUCAUCCACCUCUGGCCUGCUGGCCCCCCUACCUCUGCGGAAGCACAGUUCCCGCUCAGCCCAUUCAAAACUGUUCACUGCUCUGGCACCCCAAUGGUGGAACAAGCUCCCUCACGACGCCAGGACAGCGGAGUCACUCACCAACUUCCGGAGAUACUUGAAACCCCACCUCUUUAAGGAAUACAUGGGAUAGAAUAAAGUAAUCCUUCUACCCCCCCUUACCCCCCCCCCCCCCCCCAAUUUUUUUUAUAUAUAUAUAUAUAUAUAUAUAUAUAUAUAUAUAUAUAUAUAUAUAUAUAUAUAUAUAUAUAUAUAUAUAUACAGUGGGGAGAACAAGUAUUUGAUACACUGCCGAAUUUGCAGGUUUUCCUACUUACAAAGCAUAUAGAGGUCUGUAAUUUUUAUCAUAGGUACACUUCAACUUUGAGAGACGGAAUCUAAAACAAAAAUACAGAAAAUCACAUUGUAUGAUUUUUAAGUAAUUAAUUUGCAUUUUAUUGCAUGACAUAAGUAUUUGAUACAUCAGAAAAGCAGAACUUAAUAUUUGGUACAGAAACCUUUGUUUGCAAUUACAGAGAUCAUACGUUUCCUGUAGGUCUUGACCAGGUUUGCACACACUGCAGCAGGGAUUUUGGCCCACUCCUCCAUACAGACCUUCUCCAGAUCCUUCAGGUUUCGGGGCUGUGGCUGGGCAAUACGGGCUUUCAGCUCCCUCCAAAGAUUAUCUAUUGGGUUCAGGUCUGGAGACUGGCUAGGCCACUCCAGGACCUUGAGAUGCUUCUUACGGAGCCACUCCUUAGUUGCCCUGGCUGUGUGUUUCGGGUCGUUGUCAUGCUGGAAGACCCAGCCACGACCCAUCUUCAAUGCUCUUACUGAGGGAAGGAGGUUGUUGGCCAAGAUCUCGCGAUACAUGGCCCCAUCCAUCCUCCCCUCAAUACGGUGCAGUCAUCCUGUCCCCUUUGCAGAAAAGCAUCCCCAAAGAAUGAUGUUUCCACCUCCAUGCUUCACGGUUGGGAUGGUGUAGUUGGGGUUGUACUCAUCCUUCUUCUUCCUCCAAACACGGCGAGUGGAGUUUAGACCAAAAAGCUCUAAUUUUGUCUCAUCAGACCACAUGACCUUCUCCCAUUCCUCCUCUGGAUCAUCCAGAUGGUCAUUGGCAAACUUCAGACGGGCCUGGACAUGCGCUGGCUUGAGCAGGGGGACCUUGCAUGCGCUGCAGGAUUUUAAUCCAUGACGGCGUAGUGUGUUACUAAUGUUUUUUUUUGUGACUGUGGUCCAAGCUGUCUUCAGGUCAUUGACCAGGUCCUGCCGUGUAGUUCUGGGCUGAUCCCUGUCACGAUCGUCUUGCAAAGAUGCGGGCCAAGGCGCAGCGUGAGAUGCGUACAUAUUUUAUUUAGUACACCACAGCGAACAAAACAACAAACGAUACGUGAAGUCCUACGGUACAAACACAAACCAAAAGGAACAAGAAACCACACCAAACGAAUGCCUUACGGCUACCUAAGUAUGGCUCCCAAUCAGAGACAACGAGCUUCAGCCGUCUCUGAUUGGGAGCCACCCUGGCCAACAUAGAAAUACAAAAACUAGAAACUCACACCCUGGCUCAACAUACGAGAGUCCCCAGAGCCAGGGCGUGACAGUACCCCCCCCCCCCCCCCCAAAGGCACGGACUCCGACCGCGCCAACCAAACACAACAGGGGAGGGACCGGGUGGGCACUCCGCCUCGGCGGCGGAUCCGGCUCCGGGCAUGACCCCCACUCCCUCUCUAACCCCCCAAAGCGCCCCUGGUCCGGUCUGGCCCUGCUGGCCGGAGCUGGACUGAAUACUGGUGGAGUGGAUUGCUCUAGCUCCGGAGUGGAGCAGCUGACCGGUGCCGGACCAGACACCGGUGGAACAGGCACGGGCUGUACCGGACUGACAACGCGCACCACAGGCUUGGUGCGGGGAGCAGGGACAGGCCGGACCGGGCUGACGACGCGCACCAUUGGCUUGGUGCGGGGAGCAGGGACGGGCCGAACCGGGCUGACGAAGCGCACCACUGGCUUGGUGCGGGGAGCAGGAACAGGCCGGACAGGGCUGACGACGCGCACCAUUGGCUUGGUGCGGGGAGCAGGAACAGGCCGGGCCGGGCUGGCGACGCGCACCAUUGGCUUGGUGCGGGGAGCAGGAGCAGGCCGGGCCGGGCUGGCGACGCGCACCAUAGGCUUGGUGCGGGGAGCAGGAACAGGCCGGGCCGGGCUGGCGACGCGCACCAUUGGCUUGGUGCGGGUAGCAGGAGCAGGCCGGGCCGGGCUGGCGACGCGCACCAUAGGCUUGGUGCGGGGAGCAGGAACAGGCCGGACCGGGCUGGUGACGCGCAUCACAGGCUCGGUGCGAGGGACAGGAACAAGCCGGACCGGGCUGGGAACACACACCACUGGCCCUACGCGGGGAUCAGGAACGGGCCGGACCGGACUGGCAACACACCCCAGUACCUCUCGCCGUGCCUCAACACUCUCCUUCCCCCUGGUGACCAGUGGCCCCCGUAACCUGGCGGCCUCCUCUGCUAACCGCUCUAUUGCGGCCUCCCGCUGCCUCGUCGUCCACGGCGUGAGCCCCCCCCUAAAAAUUUUCUGGCCAUCUCUCUCCCCCGUGGACCCGGCCUCCAUGGCUCUCGCCAGACUCUCGCUCAUCUGCUCCCACGUCCAACCUCUCUCCUCAUCACGCUGCUUGACCCAGUCGUGGUGGUUUCUUCUGUCACGAUCGUCUUGCAAAGAUGCGGGCCAAGGCGCAGCAUGAGAUGCGUACAUAUUUUAUUUAGUACACCACAGCGAACAAAACAACAAACGGUACAUGAAGUCCUACGGUACAAACACAAACCAAAAGGAACAAGAAACCACACCAAACGAAUGCCUUACGGCUACCUAAGUAUGGCUCCCAAUCAGAGACAACGAGCUUCAGCCGUCUCUGAUUGGGAGCCACCCUGGCCAACAUAGAAAUACAAAAACUAGAAACUCACACCCUGGCUCAACAUACGAGAGUCCCCAGAGCCAGGGCGUGACAAUCCCUCACCUUCCUCAUGAUCAUUGAUGCCCCACGAGGUGAGAUCUUGCAUGGAGCCCCAGACCGAGGGUGAUUGACCGUCAUCUUGAACUUCUUCCAUUUUCUAAUAAUUGCGCCAACAGUUGUUGCCUUCUCACCAAGCUGCUUGCCUAUUGUCCUGUAGCCCAUCCCAGCCUUGUGCAGGUCUACAAUUUUAUCUCUGAUGUCCUUACACAGCUCUCUGGUCUUGGCCAUUGUGGAGAGGUUGGAGUCUGUUUGAUUGAGUGUGUGGAUAGGUGUCUUUUAUACAGGUAACGAGUUCAAACAAUUGCAGGAAAUACAGGUAAUGAGUGGAAGGCUUCUUAAAGAAAAAUUAACAGGUCUGUGAGAGCCGGAAUUCUUACUGGUUGGUAGGUGAUCAAAUACUUAUGUCAUGCAAUAAAUUGCAAAUUAAUUACUUAAAAAUCAUACAAUGUGAUUUUCUGGAUUUUUGUUUUAGAUUCCGUCUCUCAAAGUUGAAGUGUACCUAUGAUAAAAAUUACAGACCUCUACAUGCUUUGUAAGUAGGACAACCUGCAAAAUCGGCAGUGUAUCAAAUACUUGUUCUCCCCACUGUAUAUAUAUACAGUGAGGGAAAAAAAGUAUUUGAUCCCCUGCUGAUUUUGUACGUUUGCCCACUGACAAAGAAUUGAUCAGUUUAUCAUUUUAAUGGUAGGUUUAUUUGAACAGUGAGAGACAGAAUAACAAAAAAAAAUCCAGAAAAACGCACGUCUAAAAUGUUAUAAAUUGAUUUGCAUUUUAAUGAGGGAAAUAAGUAUUUGACCCCCUCUCAAUCAGAAAGAUUUCUGGCUCCCAUGUGUCUUUUAUACAGGUAACGAGCUGAGAUUAGGAGCACACUCUUAAAGGGAGUUUUGUUACCUGUAUAAAAGACACCUGUCCACAGAAGCAAUCAAUCAAUCAGAUUCCAAACUCUCCACCAUGGCCAAGACCAAAGAGCUCUCCAAGGAUGUCAGGGACAAGAUUGUAGACCUACACAAGGCUGGAAUGGGCUACAAGACCAUCGCCAAGCAGCUUGGUGAGAAGGUGACAACAGUUGGUGCGAUUAUUCGCAAAUGGAAGAAACACAAAAUAACUGUCAAUCUCCCUCGGCCUGGGGCUACAUGCAAGAUCUCACCUCGUGGAGUUGCAAUGAUCAUGAGAACGGUGAGGAAUCAGCCCAGAACUACAUGGGAGGAUCUAGUCAAUGAUCUCAAGGCGGCUGGGACCAUAGUCACCAAGAAAACAAUUGGUAACACACUACGCCGUGAAGGACUGAAAUCCUGCAGCGCCCGCAAGGUCCCCCUGCUCAAGAAAGCAUUUAUACAGGCCCGUCUGAAGUUUGCCAAUGAACAUCAGAAUGAUUCAGAGGAGAACUGGUGAACGUGUUGUGGUCAGAUGAGACCAAAAUCGAGCUCUUUGGCAUUAACUCAACUCGCCGUGUUUGGAGGAGGAGGAAUGCUGCCUAUGACCCCAAGAACACCAUCGCCACCGUCUAACAUGGAGGUGGAAACAUUAUGCUUUGGGGUUGUUUUUCUGCUAAGGGGACAGGACAAAUUCACUGCAUCAAAGGGACGAUGGACCGUCAAAUCUUGGGUGAGAACCUCCUUCCCUCAGCCAGGGCAUUGAAAAUGGGUAGUGGAUGGGUAUUCCAGCAUGACAAUGACCCAAAACACACGGCCAAGGCAACAAAGGAGUGGCUCAAGAAGAAGCACAUUAAGGUCCUGGAGUGGCCUAACCAAUCUCCAGACCUUAAUCCCAUAGAAAAUCUGUGGAGGGAGCUGAAGGUUCGAGUUGCCAAACGUCAGCCUCAAAACCUUAAUGACUUGGAGAAGAUCUGCAAAGAGGAAUGGAACAACAUCCCUCCUGAGAUGUGUGCAAACCUGGUGGCCAACUAUAAGAAACUUCUGACCUCUGUGAUUGCCAACAAGGGUUUUGCCACCAAGUACUAAGUCGUGUUUUGCAGAGGGGUCAGAUACUUAUUUUCCUCAUUAAAAUGCAAAUCAAUUUAUAACAUUUUUGACAUGCGUGUUUCUGGAUUUUUUUGUUGUUAUUCUGUCUCUCACUGUUCAAAUAAACCUACCAUUAAAAUUAUAGACUGAUCAUUUCUUUGUCAGUGGGCAAACUUACAAAAUCAGCAGGGGAUCAAAUACUUUUUUCCCUCACUGUAUAUAUAUUGUAAAGUGGUUGUCCCACUGGCUAUCAUAAGGUGAAUGCACCAAUUUGUAAGUCGCUCUGGAUAAGAGCGUCUGCUAAAUGACGAAAAUGUAAAUGUAAAUGAUUCCCAGUGUUUUUAUACUGCAGCUACCUUCUUGGCCAGAUUAUCUGUACUGACUUCCUGGUUUAAUUAAAUAGAGAUCUCACUGGGGAAUAUUGCUGUUGAACAAAUAUUUCUCUCUCCUUUCAGAAACUUCUGCAAAGGAAGGCCUUCUCUUAUGGUGCCAGAGAAAGACUGCCCCAUACAGAAAUGUCAAUGUCCAGAACUUCCACGUUAGGUGAGAAGACUUUUGAGGCUUUGCCUAACCCUCUAGAGUCUAAGCCCUGUGUAAACUGGGGGAGGUGUUCUACUAAGCUAUAUGGAAUUGUUUUAAGAAGGUAAUACCAAGGAUAAUUUUGCUAUUUGAUUUUGAAUGUUAAAACUCGAAGUUGAACUAAUAUGUAUUUUUCAAUUGUAUUAUAUUCUGUGCUAAUGUGUUAGUACUAAGUAAUAAGAGAGGCAAAGCCUGCACACACUAUAGCUCUCUAGGACCAGUGUUGGUGACCUCUGUUUUACUCAGUUAUCAUGCCAAUCUGACCUCUGACCUGGUUCUCUCUGCUGCCUGCUGGUGAAGCUGGAAGGACGGACUGGCCUUCUGUGCCCUGAUUCACAGACACAGACCUGACCUCAUCGACUAUGCUAAGCUCAACAAGGUCUCUCGUGUGUCCCAAACACUAACCAUGAUGGUGUCAAGUGCCUCCCACAUACUAACAGAGAAGGGUUCCCUAUGUCCAGAAUAUUAACUCCAGUCUUUUCACACAGCAUGGAUUAAAAGAAAGUUAUGAUGUGGAUGGAUUGACUUGAGAAGUAGAAAUAAGAGAGUGCUUCAUUAUGUUUAACUCAGGGGUUCUCAAACAUUUUGGGGCCGGGGACACCUUUUUUAUUAGCAAAUUUGUCAGGGACUCCCUCAUAAUCAGAACACAACUCGAGUGCAUUAAAAAUGGCCUACAAGGACUUUUACAGUACAUGGCUGGACAAAGCUAGUCUCAAAAUAACAUUUAAAAGGCCGCCUCUUGGCAUUGGAGAGAAAAUGUUGCAGUUUUCAAAACAAUUUCCUGCAAUUCUACACAUUUUGCCAUGAGGCAGAGAGAAAACUGUGCAAUUUUAAAGCUUAAAUUACAGUACAUUUAUGUUGGUGUAGUACUGUGAAUACCAAUAUCCCUGUGAGCCUCCCAGGUCCAUGUUGCCCAGGGUUAAGAACAUACAUUGGAGAUCAACAAUAUUACAUUUAAUUGUAUUGUAUUACACACUUUCAACUUACUCCACGGAUCCCUUGACCCAAAAAAAUGAAAUGUAAAAAAAUAUAUAUACAGUACAUAUAUUGUAUUUUGAGAUCUGGCCGCUGACCCCCUGUAGUACCUCCAUGCACCCCACUUUGAGAACCCCUGAUUUAACUCACACAAUCGCUCCCUUACUGAUUUCUGCAUUCACUGUCUUACUGACAUGCUCACCUGACUGACCCACCAUUGUAUAAAGCUGGAAGGAUGGGUUAGCCUUCUGUGCCCUGAUACACAAACACAGGCCAGAUCUAAUCAACUAUCAAAAUUUGAAGGUAUCGUAUGUGUAGGUACAGCAGUGAAAUCUCAUAAAAGUAGACUUUGUUGUGUGUAGAAUUUGUGUGCUAUGUGUAGUAGUAGGCUAUCCUAGACGUAUCGUUUGUCUGGUACACUCUAGGGUUGGGCGGUACCAGAUUUUCACAUCAUCAUAUCAUCCUUCUCUCAUCCCAGGAUUUACGGUAUUACCGCCUUAGUACACAAGGGGGCACUAAAAACAAACAAAAAUAAAUUAAUACAAACUAUUACCAGAAUGCUAACAAAUUAGCGCAAGUACUAGCGAAUUUCCAUAGAUGCUACUAGCUAAAUAUGCUAACAAGCUCAAACUAAAUAAAAACAAUUUGCAAGGACAGGCAAUCCAACUCAUCAAGUUAUACAUACAGUGCAUUCGUAAAGUAUUCAGACCGCUUGACUUUUUCCGCAUACGUUUAUUUUAUUAUUUUUUAUUAUUUUUUUAUACUGGCCCCCCGUGGGAAACGAACCCACAUCCCUGCCGGCCAAACCCUCCCCUACCUUGGACGACGCUGGACCAAUUGUGCGCCGCCCAUGGGUCUCCCGGUUGCGGCAGAGCCUGGACUCAAAUCAGGAUCUCUAGUGGCACAGCUAGCAAUGCCAUGCAGUGCCUUAGACAACUGCGCCACUCGGGAAUCUACACACAAUACCCCAUAAUGACAAAGAAAAAAACGUUUUUUAUACAUUUUUGCAAAUGUCUUAACAAUAAAACACGAAAAUGCCUUAUUUACAUAAGUAUUCAGACCCUUUGCUAUGAGACCUGAAAUUGAGCUCAGGUGCAUCCUGUUUCCAUUGAUAAGCCUUGAGAUGUUUCUACAACUUGAUUAGAGUCAACCUGCAUCCACAUCACUGAGAACCUGACAUGGUACCUCAACAUCACAACUCUGGUCAAGAAGGCGUAACAGCACCUCUACUUCCUCAGGUGGCUGAAGAAAUGUGGCAUGUCCCCCCGGACGCUCUCCAAUUUCUAUCAUUGCACCAUUGAGCGCAUCCUGACUGGCUGCAUCACAGCCUGGUAUGGAAUCUGCUCCGCUCUCAACUGCAAAGCCCUUCAGCAGGUGGUGAAGAAGGUCUAGUCCAUCACUGGGGCCAGGCUCCCACCCAUACAGUACAUUUAGUCCAAGCAGUGCCUGAGGAAGGCUCGCAACAUCAUCAAGGACCACACACAACCCAGCCACGGACUGUUCUCCUUUACCGUCUGGCAAACGGAAUUAAAGCAUUGGGUCUCGGACAACCAGGCUCAGAGACAGCUUUUACCCGCAAGCCAUCAGACUGCUGAACACCUAAACCGGGACCGACCACCUCCACACCAAUAGUCUCCUUGCACUGACUCUUCGCACCUUAGCACACAUGCACUCACUCACACAUUCACUCACACACACUUCUACACAUGCCACCUUUGGUCUCUUGGCCCUUCCACUCCUACAGGAGGGCAGCUCCCACUAAGCCCAGUCCAAGCUCUUCUCUGUCCUGGCACCCCAAUGGUGGAACCAGCAUCCCCCUGAAGAUAGGACAGCAGAGUCCCUGCCCAUCUUCCGAAAGCACCUGAAACCCUACCUCUUCAAAGAGUAUAUUAAAUAAUCCCUCUCCUCACUUCAGCUUUUUCCAAAUACAGUUGAAGUCGGAAGUUUACAUACACUUAGGUUGGAGUCAUUAAAACCAGUUUUUUAACCACUACACACAUUUCUUGUUAACAAACUAUAGUUUUGGCAAGUCGGUUAGGACAUCUACUUUGUGCAUGACACAAGUAAUUUUUCCAACAAUUGUUUACAGACAGAUUAUUUCACUUAUAAUUGUCACGCCCUGGCUCUAGGGACUCUUUUAUGUUGAGCCAGGGUGUGUAGAGUCUAUGUGUUGUGCUCUUUGUUUUACAUUCUAGGUCUUGUAUUUCUAUGUUGGCCAGAGUGGUUCCCAAUCAGAGGCAACGAGUGUCAGCUGUUGCUGGUUGUCUCUGAUUGGGAACCAUAUUUAAACAGUCUGUUUUCCCUCAGUGUUUGUGGGAUCUUGUUCCGUGUUACUAGUAGGUUUUGUUUGAGCUAAGGACGUCACGUUAUCGUUUUGUUGUUUUUGUUCGUGUUAUCCUUCAGAUUUAAUAAAUAUGUUUGCAUUCAACGCUGCGCAUUGGUCCUCUGUUCCCGACGAUCGUGACAGAAGAUCCCACCAAAACUGGACCAAGCAGCGUGUCCAGGAGCCAUCGCCAGGGGAAUCGCUAGCAGAUCUCCGUGGCAACCUCGACUGGGUCAAGCCUAGUGAAGAGCAGAGAGGGUGGACUUGGGAACAGUGGAGGAAGAGUCUCGACUGGGUCAAGCCAAAUGAGGAGCAGAAUGGCUGGAGUUGGAAGCAGAAGAGCGAGAGUUGGGCGAGAACUAUAGAGGCCUGGCCCACGGGGAAGAGAGACCCCCAGAAAAUUUUUAGGGGGGGGCUCACGCCGUGGACGACGGGGCAGCAGGAGGCCGCGAGGGAGCGGUCUAGCGGGUGUACAGAGGAGGCCGCCAGGUUAAGGGGGCCACUGGUCACAGAGGAGAGGGAAAGUGUGGAGGCACGGCGAGAGGUACUGGGGUGUGUUACCAGUCCGGUCCGGCCCGUUCCUGAUCCCUGCAUAGGGCCAGUGGUGUGUGUCCCCAGUACGGUCCGGCCCAUUCCUGAUCCCUGCAUAGGGCCAGUGGUGUGUGUCCCCAGUACGGUCCGGCCUGUUCCUGUUCCUCGCAUCGAGCUUGUGGUGCGUGUCGUCAGCCCGGCCCGGCUUGUUCCUGCUCCCCGCACCGAGCCUAUGGUGCGCGACGCCAGCCCGGCCCGGCCUGUUCCUGCUCCCCGCACCAAGCCUAUGGUGCGCGUCCCCAGCCCGGCCCGGCCUGUUCCUGCUCCCCGCACCAAGCCUAUGGUGCGCGUCGCCAGCCCGGUUCGGCCUGUUCCUGCUCCCCGCACCGAGCCUAUGGUGCGCGUCGCCAGCCCGGCCCGGCCUGUUCCUGCUCCCCGCACCGAGCCUAUGGUGCGCGUCGCCAGCCCGGUCCGGUCUGUUCCUGCUCCCCGCACCAAGUCAGUUGUGCGCGUCGCCAGCCCAGCCCGGUCCAUUCCUGCUUUCCGCACCAAGUCAGUGGUGCGCUUCGUCAGCCCGGCUCGGUCGGUUCCUGCUCCCCACACCAAGCCAGUGGUGUGCGUUGUCAGUCCGGCACGGCCCGUGCCUGCUCCACCGGUGCCUGGUCCGGUACCGGUCAGCUGCUCCACGUCGGAGCUAGAGCAAUCCGCUCCACCAGUGUUCAGUCCAGCUCCGGCCAGCAGGGCCAGACCGGACCAGGGGUACUGUGGGGGGUUAGAGAGGGAGUGGGGAUCAUGCCCAGAGCCGGAUCCGCCGCCAAGGCGGAGUGCCCACCCGGUCCCUCCCCUGUGGUGUUCUGUUGGCGCGGUCGGAGUCCGCACCUUUGGGGGGGAGGGUACUGUCACGCCCUGGCUCUAGGGACUCUUUUAUGUUGAGCCAGGGUGUGUAGAGUCUAUGUGUUGUGCUCUUUGUUUUACAUUCUAGGUCUUGUAUUUCUAUGUUGGCCAGAGUGGUUCCCAAUCAGAGGCAACGAGUGUCAGCUGUUGCUGGUUGUCUCUGAUUGGGAACCAUAUUUAAACAGUCUGUUUUCCCUCAGAGUUUGUGGGAUCUUGUUCCGUGUUACUAGUAGGUUUUGUUUGAGCUAAGGACGUCACGUUAUCGUUUUGUUGUUUUUGUUCGUGUUAUCCUUCAGAUUUAAUAAAUAUGUUUGCAUUCAACGCUGCGCAUUGGUCCUCUGUUCCCGACGAUCGUGACAAUAAUUCACUGUAACACAAUUCCAGUGGGUCAGAAGUUUACAUACACUAAGUUGACUGUGCCUUUAAACAGCUUGGAAAAUUCCAGAAAAUGAUGUCAUGGCUUUAGAAGCUUCUGAUAGGCUAAUUGACAUAAUUUGAGUCAAUUGGAGGUAUACUUGUGGAUGUAUUUCAAGGCCUACCUUCAAACUCAGUGCCUCUUUGCUUGACAUCUUGGGAAAAUCCUUGGGAGCAAUUUCCAAAAACCUGAAAGUACCACGUUCAUCUGUACAAACAAUAGUAAGUAAGUAUAAACACCAUGGGACCACGCAGCCGUCAUAAUGCUCAGGAAGGAGACACGUUCUGUCUCCUAGAGAUGAAUGUACUUUGGUGUGAAACGUGCAAAUCAAUCCCAGAACAACAGCAAAGAACCUUGUGAAGAUGCUGGAGGAAACAGGUACAAAAGUAUCUAUAUCCACAGUAAAAUGAGUCCUAUAUCGACAUAACCUGAAAGGCCGCUCAGCAAAGAAGAUGCCACUGCUCCAAAACUGCCAUAAAAAAGCCAUACUAUGAUUUGCAACUGCACAUGGGGACAAAGACUGUACUUUUUUGAGAAAUGUCCUCUGGUCUGAUGAAACAAAAAUAUAACUAUUUGGUAAUAAUGACCAUCGUUAUGUUUGGAGGAAAAAGGGGGUAGCUUGUAAGCCGAAGAACACCAUCCCAACCGUGAAGCACGGGGGUGGCAGCAUCAUGCUGUGGGGGUGCUUUGCUGCAGGAGGGACUGGUGCACUUCACAAAAUAGAUGGCAUCAUGAGGAAGGAAAAUUAUGUGGAUAUAUUGAAGCAACAUCUCAAGACAUCAGUCAGGAAGUUAAAGCUUGGUUGCAAAUGGGUCUUCCAAAUGGACAAUGACCCCAAGCAUACUUCCAAAGUUGUGGCAAAAUGGCUUAAGGACAACAAAGUAAAGGUAUUGGAGUGGCCAUCACAAAGCUCUGACCUCAAUCCUAUAGAAAAUUUGUGGGCAGAACUGAAAAAGCUUGUGCGAGCAAGGAGGCCUACAAACCUGACUCAGUUACACGAGCUCUGUCAGGAGGAAUGGGCCAAAAUUCACCCAACUUAUUGUGGGAAGCUUGUGGAAGGCUACCCAAAACGUUUGACCCAAGUUAAACAAUUUAAAGGCAAUCCUACCAAAUACUAAUUGAGUGUAUGUAAACUUCUGACCCACUGGGAAUGUGAUGAAAUAAAUAAAAGCUUAAAUAAAUAAUUCUCUCUACUAUUAUUCUGACAUUUCACGUUCUUAAAAUAAAAUGGUGAUCCUAACUGACCUAAGACAGGGAAUUUUUUUAGGAUUAAAUGUCAGGAAUUGUGAAAAAAUUUAGUUUAAAUGUAAUUGGCUAAGGCUUUUGUAAACUUCCAACUUCAACUGUACCCUGGUAUAUGGUAUAUAAGGUAUAGCUUCCAAGCCUAGUACACUCUCAGAAAAAAAGUACAGAAUUGUACUUAAAGGGGUACAAACACUUGUCACUGCAGUGGUACCCUGUAAGGUAGGUCUAUUGUAGUGUUAGUUAUAGGUACAUAAUUGUACCCUUGCAGUUUGUACCUUAAAAUAGCCAAUAGUGCACCUUUAGGGGACAAGAUAGUACAGUGCCUUGCAAAAGUAUUCAUCCUCAUUGGCAUUUUUCCUAUUUUGUUGCAUUACAACCUGUAAUUUAAAUGGAUUUUUAUUUGGAUAUCAUGUAAUGGACAUACACAAAAUAGUCAAAAUUGGUGUAGUGAAAUGAAAAAAAUAACUUGUUUCAAAAAAUUCUAAAAAAUAAAUAACGGAAAAGUGGUGCGUGCAUAUGUAUUCACCCCCUUUGCUAUAAAGCACCUAAAUAAGUUCUGGCGCAACCAAUUACCUUUUGAAGUCACAUAAUUAGUUAAAUAAAAUCCCCCUGUGUGCAAUCUAAGUGUCACAUAAUCUGUCACAUGAUCUCAGUAUAUAUACACCUGUUCUGAAAGGCCAUAGAGUCUGCAACACCACUAAGCAAGGGGCACCACCAAGCAAGCGGCACCAUGAAGAGCAAGGAGCUCUCCAAACAGGUCAGGGACAAAGUUGUGGAGAAGUACAGAUCAGGGUUGGGUUAUGAAAAAAUAUCAGAAACUUUGAACAUCCCAUGGAGCACCAUUAAAUCCAUUAUUAAAAAAUGGAAAGAAUAUGGCACCACAACAAACCUGCCAAGAGAGGGCCGCCCACCAAAACUCACGGACCAGGCAAGGAGGGCAUUAAUCAGAGAGGCAACAAAGAGACCAAAGAUAACCCUGAAGGAGCUGCAAAGCUCCACAGCGGAGAUUGGAGUAUCUGUCCAUAGGACCAUUUUAAGCCGUACACUCCACAGAGCUGGGCUUUACGGAAGAGUGGCCAGAAAAAAGCCAUUGCUUGAAGAAAAAAAUAAGCAAACAUAUGGAAGAAGGUACUCUGGUCAGAUGAGACUAAAAUUGAGCUGUUUGGCCAUCAAGGAAAAUGCUAUGUCUGGCGCAAACCCAACACCUCUCAUCACCCCGAGAACACCAUCCCCACAGUGAAGCAUGGUGGUGGCAGCAUCAUGCUGUGGGGAUGUUUUUCAUUGGCAGGGACUGGAAAACUGGUCAGAAUUGAAGGAAUGAUGGAUGGCGCUAAAUACAGGGAAAUUCUUGAGGGAAACCUGUUUCAGUCUUCCAGAGAUUUGAGACUGGGACGGAGGUUCACCUUCCAGCAGGACAAUGACCCUAAGCAUACUGCUAAAGCAACACUCGAGUGGUUUAAGUGGAAACAUUUAAAUGUCUUGGAAUGGCCUAGUGAAAGCCCAGACCUCAAUCCAAUUGAGAACCUGUGGUAUGACUUAAAUAUUGCUGUACACCAGCGGAACCCCUCCAUCUUGAAGGAGCUGGAGCAGUUUUGCCUUGAAGAAAUGACUGUGAAUAGAUUAAGAAAAUCUCUUUAUAGGGCAAUCAAUCUAUCCAUUGUUUUUUGGGAAUAGACAGGAAAAUUGAAGCCCUGGGCGGCAGGUAGCUUAGUGGUUAAGAGUGUUGUGCCAGUAACCAAAAGGUCGCUUGUUCUAAUCCCCGAGCCGACUAGGUGAAAAAUCUGUCGAUGUGCCCUUGAGCAAGGCACUUAACCCUAAUUGCUCCUGUAAGUCGCUCUGGAUAAGAGCGUCUGCUAAAUGACAAAAAAAAACAAAAAAAACAAUUGAUAGAUCUGGGAAACCCAAACCAUUCAGAAUGUUGUUUAAUUCAGAAAAGGUUUUAGUAGAGGUGUCCCCCCUCUCCCUCGUACAUAUGCACGUGGACACACACACACACCUGCACACACACACAAAUACACAUCUCUAUAUGCCCCCCCCCCCCCCCCCCCCCCCCCCCCCCCAAACACUCCCAUGCAUGCAUUGGGCCCAGACAGGCCCUGUCAGCUGUCGUGUCUGUCUCCAGGUGAGUGGGCUCAGUAAGCCCUGAGUGUUAGCUUGCUGAAAUGUCUCCAUGUGGGGAACAGACCCAUAGGUAUCGGCCGGCCCUGGAUCUCUGCAGCUGCCACUGUCCUGUAACAGGCUUUCCCCCUCAGCCAGCGUCAGUGGAACAGAUUUAGGACAAUACCAGCAGCAUGAGCACUCUAAUCCCACUAAACACACUGACUCACCCUACUCCAUUAGUGAGGAGACCCUUACUGACUGUCUGUCACCUGUUUGGUUAAUCACUGGGUGCAGGACAGUUUGUAAUCUGGUUUCAAAUACUUUACAUUUGCACGUUUUCUCGUAUUAAAAGUAAAUGAAAAGAUUACUCUUUCUUAGUUUUAAAAAGUGUAAUGGUGCUAAGGUGGUGUACAGUAGUUGAAAUACAGUUAUACGCUAACUGCUAUGCAACAAAAUAAUUGGAAAGUAUGUUUCUAUAAUACUGAUUAUUUUCAAGGAUGAUCCUAUGGGGAACCUGAACCUGGCCUUUGAAAUAGCAGAGAAGCACCUGGAUAUUCCCAAGAUGCUGGACGCAGAAGGUAAUGUCUUCUAAGGAAAAUCAAGUUUAGAAAAUCGGCAUUAGCUAUAGGCAUCUUGUUCUGCUCAUUAUGAAAACAUAAACCAUCUUAUUUGGUACUGUAAUGGUGGGAGUCAGACUAUAGGCUUUGUUGCAGAAUUGUCUGGAGGAGAUUGCCAGGAGGAUUGUCUGUAUUUGUAUGCACAUUGUAAUGAUAAAGUCCUAUGUGCCUGGUGUCCCCACAGAUUUGAUAAGUGCAGCAAGGCCAGAUGACAGGACUGUUAUGACCUAUAUGUCCAGUUUGUAUCACACAUUUGCAGUGGUACAGAAGGUGAGGGCACAUUGAUGCGUUAGUCCUAGUGUCAAUGUGACCUGGUCAAGUUUUAGGUCCUUGUUUAGACCCCUUGGCCAUAGACCACCCCAAAUUCCCUCCAGGAUAGCCCUGGGCUAAGACGUUCAGGUGUGGAGUUUCUAUCUGUGGUCCUUCUCCUCUGUCAGUGCUCUUGUGUUUCCUGUCCCCACCUUCAGUGUCUUCCUCCUUCUCUACUUGUCGUCUGUCACCCUCUUCUGUCCCUCCCUCCACACUGUAGACAUCAUCAACACUCCCAAGCCUGAUGAGAGAGCUAUCAUGACCUAUGUGUCCUGCUUCUAUCAUGCUUUUGCUGGAGCCGAGCAGGUAUACAGCUUGCACCAUGAACAAUUUGAAUCGAGUUUGUGAAUGCAAUGUGUUAUGGGUAAAAUACCUCAAAACCAUUUGAUGAUGAUUACCAUGUGUCAAUCAUUCCACUUAAAAGAAGCACACGAUAAUCCAAUCAUUCAAAGUUUCUAAGGCCUUAUUACCCUAUCACUACCAAAAACACAUAUCCUGGUAUGUCCUCUUUGCUAGCCUGCAAGUUGUUUGACAUCAUAAUUCUACUAAGUUGGGUAAAUUGUGAGUUUGACAUUGACAUGCAUGUUUUUGAAACGAUGCACACAGAUUGCAUUAAAGAUAUUACUUAAAUGGUGUGCGUGUUGGUUGGGUGGGGUGUAAUUGUAUGAGGAAUUGCGUUAUAUAUGCGACAAGAACCAAUUCACCUCACCUCUCUUUCCUCCCUGACCUCAUCUGUCUUUCCUCCCUCCCCUUGGUAGGCUGAGACGGCAGCCAACAGGAUCUGUAAAGUGCUGGGUGUGAACCAGGAGAAUGAGAAACUGAUGGAGGAGUACGAGAGGCUGGCCAGUGAGGUAAAGCAUACUUUUGGAUGUAUGCUUUCAUAUUGGUGAACUCUCUUAGGAGACAUACUUCUACCCCAAUUUGAAAACUCAAAAAGUCCACCGUCUCACAUCCCUAUACACACAAACUCGCAGGAAUGGAAUUUCCAAGUAUUCAAAUCAAAUUCAAUGUCCAAUUCAACUUAAUUGAAUUGAGAGGAAUAACAACACACAAAUCACAUAGCUCCACUCCAUCACUACCCUCUGUAUUUCGUAGCUACUGGAGUGGAUCCGCCGGACCACCCCAUGGCUGGAGAACAGGGCUGCAGAGAAGACCAUGGUUGAGAUGCAGAGGAAGCUGGAGGAUUUCAGGGACUACCGCCGCAUGCACAAGCCCCCCAAGGUGCAGGAGAAGUGCCAGCUGGAGAUCAGCUUCAACACCCUGCAGACCAAGCUGCGCAUAAGCAACCGGCCCGCCUUUAUGCCCUCUGAGGGAAAGAUGGUAUCUGUAAGUGUUAACACCCAACAUUCAAUUAUAAAUCAUAUAAAACUGAUGAAACACAAGCCACCAGUCAAAGUACAGUAGUUAUAGAUAGCUAUGGAUAUAGGUCAUCCAAGGUAAAGACCAAGGCACUCUUUGCUAGUUUUGACCCGUGUCUGUGUGUCUCUAUGUGGUUGUAGGACAUAAGCAGUGCAUGGCAGGGGCUGGAGGGGGCCGAGAAAGGUUAUGAGGAGUGGCUUCUGACUGAGAUCCGCAGGCUGGAGAGACUGGACCACCUGGCUGAAAAGUUUUGCCAGAAAGCCACCACCCAUGAGACCUGGGCUAGUGGUCAGUCUGGGCUAUUAUUGUCUGUCUGUCUGUGGAGUGUUUACUUAUGUCCCUGGUAUGUCUAGAGUUUGACCUUUGAAUGUAAGUGAUUAGCUCCAAAUCCUUUGAGAGUUUUCAAUGGGAAAAUGUCAGAGUAAAUCUAAAGCAUUUGUUUUGACUAAUGGGAGGUUCUCUCUCUCUCUCUCCUCUCUCUCUCUCUCUCUCUCUCUCUCUCUCUCUCUCUCUCUCUCUCUCUCUCUCUCUCUCUCUCUCUCUCUCUCUCUCUGACCAAGGUAAAGAGCUGAUUCUAUCUCAGAAGGACUACGAGACGGCCACCCUGACGGAGGUGCGGGCGUUGCUAAGGAAACACGAGUCGUUUGAGAGUGACCUGGCUGCUCACCAGGACAGGGUGGAGCAGAUCGCUGCCAUCGCACAGGAGCUCAAGUACGGACCCUUCCUCUAACCCUCACUCCUAACCAUCAUCCCUACCAUGUCCAAUUCAUAAAAUCAUGGCUUUGACAAGGAAUACAAUCUGCAUUCUACUUAAAGGAAAACUACACCCAAAAAACAUAUUUAGGUAUUUGUGUCAUUAGUCCAUUGUUGAUAUAGUCCCAAAUGUUUUGCAUGUCAGCAAUCAAGUUUUCAAAAUAUAGAUCUAUCAAAAUACAUAAAUAUGGUAUGAUGCACUUUACCUACGGCUGGGCAAUAUGGCCAAAAUGUCAAAUCACAAUAUUUGUAUAAUUUUUGACGGUAUGACGGUAUUAAAUGUUUUUUAAUAAUACAAGUUCAGUACAGUACAGUACACUCUAACUUAAAAUGAAACCACUUUCUGUCAAAAUUAGAAACAUGUAAUAUCUGAAAAUGUAGCUCGUGGACUAUGUUACCCGUAUUCAUCAUGCAUGAUGGACGCGUCUCCCUGUCACGGAUGCCAUGGUUGCCCUUAGUUUGAAGAUAUAAUCCGGACACAGGAUCUGGGAUCUGUGGGACCAUCUCUUUAGCUAUCAGACUCUAAUUCCACUGAUUUCAAAACUCGACCCUCCAGAAAGUGGAGAGCAACACGUAUGCAGCUCCACUACACAAUACAUUUUAAAAAAGCAGCGUUAAACUGGAUUACCUACACAUACUGACCAGCUCAAAUAGACAGAAGCAUGCUACAUGGCAGACCAAUCUGAACUCCUCUCUCGGCAUGUCCAGCCAACUCAUUAUCUCAGCAAAUCAUGGCUAGUGGGAAGGUUGCUGUCUUUUUCUGUGGCUUAACCAACUAGGAUUGUAAUUGCACAAUUUUAUUCGUAUUUACAGAUGGCAUACAAGUUUGUUAUUAAGACACAUGAAAGUUCACAUGUUCCAGAAGGCAUUUCUGCCAAAAAAUGCAUUUUGAAAAAAGAAAAGUUUACGUUCAAAUGGCUCUCCUGUGAAAUAGUGACCCACGACAUACGCCGAGUUUUCUGAAACGAGUCACAUUUGUCAUCAUUUCUACACUGUGCCACGUUUGUUUUGUCUUUGUAUGCCUCUAUUUCGUUAUUUAGUCCCUUUUCCUUUAUCAGACUAAUUAUUCUCCUCUAUGAACAUGUAUUUUCAAUGGAUUCAAUUGCAGUUCUUACUUCAAUGGAUUAAAUUGCAGUCGAACGAUUUCCGGGGGUCUCUAAUUGACAAGCUUGUGCUCUCGAAGUUGUUGACUUGUUGUGCUAGCAAGUUAGCUAGCAGUUUUCAGCUGUUAACAGUUUCUUACUGGCAAUAAAAAUGUAUGAUUGCCAUAAUUUUUUCAGAGUCAUUGCUGAAUUAUUUAAUGUAACAAAUCAAACAUUAAAAUACUGUUAGAGAAGGUACAGUAAAAAUCAAAACCCGUCCAUGCAUCAGUACCAGUAUAUAGCUAGUAAAUCCCGAGUGGCGCAGUGGUCUAAGGCACUGCAUCGCAGUGCUAGCUGUGCCACUAGAGAUCCUGGUUUGAAUCCAGGCUCUGUCGUAGCCGGCCGCGACCGGGAGACCCAUGGGGUGGCGCACAAUCGUCCAGGGUAGGGGAGGGAAAGGCUGGCAGGGAUGUAGCUCAGUUGGUAGAGUAUGGCGUUUGCAACGCCAGGGUUGUGGGUUCGAUUCCCACGGGGGGCCAGUAUGAAAAAUAAAACAAAUAAUGUAUGCACUCACUAAAUGUAAGUCACUCUGGAUAAGAGCGUCUGCUAAAUGACGUAAAUGUAAACUGCUCAGCCCUAGAUUGACCUGUAUGUUUCCUGUGGUGUUGUGCAGUGAGCUGGACUAUCAUGGUGUGGCUGCUGUCAACCAGAGGUGUCAAAGCAUCUGUGAUCUGUGGGAUCAACUUGGUACAUUGACCCAGAAGAGGAGAGAGGCUCUGGAGGUGAGUGGAGGGGGUUGAGGUUUGGGACGUGAUAUGCUAUAUUCCCAGCUAAACUGGGCUAAACUGCUGUGCCCAGUGAAAAGCAAGCCGGCACAGUACAUCUUGGUAGUGUGAAAAGAGAACCAGUUCCAUGAAUCCAGCUGAGAACUGAGGAGAUAAAGCAGUGAAUGACGUAACCUUAAGGUGGGGUGGAGUGUUCACAGGACAGCUUAAUCCAUAAUAAAGCUACAUCUAUAUUCUAUUGAGAUAGCUAGAGAUGGGGUCUUGGGAAUGAAUACACAGCUUAUUGAGGAAGGUGGGAUUAUUGGUUGCCCACUAAGUCUGCUGACAGAGAUAAGGGGAUGAACUGAAGGCACAUUCAUGUAGAUAUGGCUGCCUGUCCAAUAUCUGGAUGGCAGGAUGCCCACAGUCACCUUCCUCUGAGCCCCUCUGAUCCUUACUGGGCGAUCAUGACCUGCAAAUGUUUCAAGACCCUUAUCCAGGCCUGGGGUUAGGGUGACUGACAUGGGCUGCUGUCUGCCCCCUCUCCCUGCCCAAAGGGAGGGGUCUAAUGCAUGCAGACCAUCUUGCCAAACUCAGGGGUCAAUUGGGUCACGUCAAUGUGAUGCAUCCUGGGAUUAGCAGCCCAAACAGGUGAGGCAAUGUUGAUGAAUUGUCAGUGAGAUGAAUGACAAAGGUUUUUCUCUCUCCUGUUUUCCAGAGGACAGAGAAGCUGCUGGAAACCAUUGAUCAGUUGUUCCUGGAGUUUGCCAAGAGAUCAGCACCUUUCAACAACUGGAUGGAAGGGGCCAUGGAGGAUCUGCAGGAUAUGUUUAUUGUACACACUAUCGAUGAGGUCCACGUACGUAAUACUCACUGAUACCAUAUCAUCAUUCUACCGUUGUUACAAAUGUUGCGGCUAUGUCAUUUUGGUACAGUGCCCAAAGUACCUUCUACGUGCACUGCAACCUCUCCUCUCGUUCUCCCCUGCAGAGCCUGAUCUCUGCCCACGAGCAGUUCAAGGCCACCCUCCCAGAGGCAGACGGAGAAAGACAGGCCAUUCUGGGGAUUCACAACGAGGUGCAGAAGAUCUCCCAGAGCUACGGCAUCAAGGCCAACCUCAUCAACCUCUACAGCACCAUCACCACAGAGCAGCUCCUCGCCAAGUGGGACAAGGUACAACCUCGGAAUUCACAUACAUACACUUGAGACACACAUGCACACAUAUGCAUUCACGCAUGCACAUACACAGCCAAUUUCUGUCAGAUUGAUGUAUGUGUUGUUGUUAUGUUGCUGACCAGGUGAAGAAGCUGGUUCCUCAGAGAGAAGGCUCCCUCCACGAGGAGCUAGCCCGGCAGCAUACUAACGAGAGGCUGAGACAGCAGUUUGCUGCCCAGGCUAACCUCAUAGGACCCUGGAUACAGACAAGGAUGGAGGUCAGAGAGUCAGCCAUCAGUUUAGUGUCUAUGGGUACUUUUAGACCCGGAACAAAAACCUGACUUGCUCAUUUGUGUGGUUCUGACAGGAGAUUGGCCGCUGCUCCCUGGAGGUGGGCGGUACCCUGGAGGACCAGAUGACCCAGUUGAAGCAGUUCGAGCACGUCAUCCUCACCUACAAGCCCAACAUUGACAAGCUGGAGGGAGACCACCAGCACAUCCAGGAGUCCCUGGUGUUUGACAACAAGCAUACCAACUACACCAUGGAGGUACUGCAGAGCACUACAGAGAGAUCGUCUCUACAUGCAUUCUAUGUAGAUUAGAUGUGGUCAUGGGGAUAAUGAUGAUGGAUGUCAUCGAGAUCCCAAGGUGCAUUGUUGGAAUACAUUGUUGACAGCUGAUAAAUCUGUCUGUCUUUGUCUAUAUCUGUUUGUGUGUUUUAUCGUCAUGGUAAAAGCACAUCCGUGUGGGCUGGGAGCUCCUCCUCACCACCAUCGCCCGCACCAUCAACGAGAUCGAGACCCAGAUCCUGACACGCGAUGCCAAGGGCAUCAGCCAGGAACAGAUGCACGAGUUCCGCUCCUCCUUCAACCAUUUUGACCGGGUACAGUGCUCUAUCCACACUCUGGACUCCCGGUUCUCAGACUCAUAUAAUAAUGUUAAGUAGCAUAAUACCACUGACAAAAAAUAAUAAUUCACCGUCUUGCCUAUCUUAUUCAGAAGCUGUGUAAGGAAACUGGGGUAAUAUAUUGUUGUUGAUACUGUACUAGAACAGUCACUGCUCUGUGGGCUUGGUUGUCUAGACAGUUAAAACAUAUAAUACAAAUACAAUUGUAUGAUAGUGUAAUGUAUAGAUCUAUAAACAAGUAUUUUUUAUAUUGGUUCCACAUUGUUGUAAUGCUGCGUGUUAUGGACAGUGGACACUUGCAUGUGUGUGUGUGUGUGUGUGACAUCCGCUCUAACACCUGGUCCCAGGAGAACACAGGCAAACUGCGUCGUGAGGAGUUCAAGACCUGUCUGAUCAGCCUGGGUUAUGUGGGCAAUGACCAUCAGGUACUCACCCCUACUGACCUCUAACAUUUCAUGAUCCCUGACUGACUCUCGUUGACGACUUAGGCUUCUUCCAUUCCUUCUAGAACAGACCAAACCUGCUGCUACCGCGCAUAUUUUUCCAGUUCUAUCUAUAUUUUAAUAGUGGGCUCUAAAUAAUACACUACGGCAUGGCGAUGUUGGUGGCAGCAGCUUUGGUCUGUGAUGACAGUUAAUUUAGUAACUUCUCAUCUCUCUCUCCAUGUCUUCUGUUGUUACUGUCUGUGUCACUGUCCAUCUGUCUGGUUGUGUGUAUGUGUCCAUGUUUCUGUGUUAGCUUUGGUCUUCUCCCCUUCCGGAUCUCCACUGCUCUACCGUCCACCUCCUCUUGUUGUCCCUCCUCUCUAUCCCAUCCCCUCCCUGUGUGGUGACCCACUCCCAACCUCCACCCUUGACCUCCGACUACAGAAGAAACAUGGGGCGAUGGACACUGAUGACUUUAGGGCCUGUCUGAUCUCCAUGGGUUAUGAUUUGGUAGGGGUCGCAAUGUUCUCAUGCAGAAUUACAGUAUGCAAACAAUGCAUACAUACUAAUAGCAAGAGGUAUUGAUAAUAUUCAAUGUGUAAUGACGCAACAACGAACAAAGACAUCAGUGCUCCUUUCUCUGAUCUCUCUCUGAUCUCUCUCUCUCUCUCUCUCUCUCUCUCUCUCUCUCUGUGUGACUGUCUGUGUGACUGUCUGUCAGGGUGAAGUGGAAUUUGCCCGCAUCAUGAUGCUGGUUGAUCCCAGUGCCACUGGCAUGGUGUCUUUUCAAUCCUUUAUCGAUUUUAUGACCAGAGAAACCGCUGACAUGGACACCGCCGAGCAGGUUGUGGCAUCCUUCAGGAUCCUGGCAGCCGAUAAGGUGUGUGUGAGAGAGAGAAAGUGAAUGGGAGUGUGACAACUGAGUGGACCAUGUCAAUCACACAGAAGGGGCAGAUUCAGUACAAUGUCAACAUGCAUAUUAUUCGGUCAGAUUAUGAAUAUUUGCUAGAGCGGACUUACCUAAAUGAGCCCGUGUUCUCUAAAUUUUUCUCCCCCCUCCACAGCCCUACAUUCUGGUUGAGGAUCUGAGGAGGGAGCUCCCCCCUGAUCAGGCAGAGUACUGCAUCUUGAGGAUGCCCCACUACAGUGGCCCAGGGAAAUCUGCAGGGGCGCUAGACUACACCGCCUUCUCCACUGCCCUCUAUGGAGAGAGUGACCUCUAA